GCUAAAAUUUGCACUUUGGUUUCACUCAGUAAUUUCCGGCCGAUAUUUGUUGACAUGGAAGUGAUUUCUGAAGAGGGUUCAAGUUAUGACAGAGCCAAGGAAGUGAAAGACUUCGAUGAGACUAAAGCCGGGGUUAAAGGACUCGUUGACUCUGGCGCUAUCAAGAUUCCCAAGUUCUUCAUCCAUCCCCUGGAAAGCCUGCAAAUACCAAAUGCUAGUGGUACUGGUACAGUUGGUUUCCGAGUUCCAGUGAUAGAUAUGGAAGGCUUUCAAGGUAGCCGACGGAAGGAGAUAUUGGAUGGAACUGUGGCGGCAUCAGAAACAUGGGGUUUUUUUCAAGUGGUUAACCAUGGAGUUCCUCUUUGCAUUAUGGAUAAAAUGCUGGAAGGUGUACGCCAAUUCCAUGAGCAACCAAAGGAAGUGAAGAUGGAAUGGUACUCCCGGGAUUAUAAGCAACCUGUUAGGUAUUUCUGCAAUGGAAAUCUCCUUGUAAACAAAGGAGCUGCCAGUUGGAGGGAUUCAAUAGCGUUUGAUUUCCAUGAUGGCCAACUAGACCCCGAAUUUUUUCCUCCAGUGUGCAGGGAAGCUGUAAGUGAAUACAUAAAACACAUGAGGAAGCUUAGAAAGACACUAUUCGAACUGCUAUCGGAGGCUUUGGGGCUUCACAGUGACUACCUUGCCAGCACAGGAUGCAUGGAAACUGAGUCACUGGUGUGCCAUUACUACCCAGCUUGCCCUGAGCCAGACUUAACGCUGGGUGCAGCCAAGCAUUCAGACCCAUCUUUCCUGACCAUUCUCCUUCAAGAAAAUGUCAGAGGCCUCCAAGUUUUUCAUCAAAAAAACUGGGUUGAUGUUCCUUCUCUACCAGGCGCUUUUGUAAUAAACAUUGGCGACUUCAUUCAGCUCAUCACAAAUGACAAAUUCAGAAGCGUGGAGCACAGGGUGCUAGCAGGACAAGUACCCAGGGCAUCAGUUGCGUGCUUUUUCUAUCCAAGCACAGCAAAUAAGUUUAAACCAUAUGCACCAAUAAAAGAGCUUCUGACACAAAAUAAUCCACCCAUAUACCGAGAAACUCAUGUCACCGAAUAUAUGGCCUAUUUCAGGUCCAAAGGUCUGGAUGGAAACUCAAGCCUUCCUCAUUUUAAAUUGCAAUAACCUUAUGAUGUAAUGAUAUUACAAGAUCAUCAUUUUGCGAAGCAUUAAUAUAAAGUAGUCUGUAAUUUAGCUA